AUGCCCCCGACAGCGACGUCUUUAUCGGACAAUUCGCUGCCAAUGAGUACUCGCAUCGACGCGAACGAGAUCAACUACUUUAACCUCCCAUUUCGACACCAGACUCCCCCUUUCGUCUCGGUCUCGUUCCCAACACCAAAUCUGGACGGCUCAAUGAAGCACCAGCCAAGCCUUCCAUCUAUGCCGGAGAAUGCAUUCGCCAAUCAUCUUCCUUCCACAGAAACUACACCUCGCCCACUCAACCAUCCUCGAGCCUCAGUUUCGGGCUUUGGCGGAUACUGGGCAGAGCGCCAGGUCAUGAUGCAACGGAAGAGCAACUCUGGCAAGAGCUUCUGGAAAUGGCGUAACCGGUCCACGAAAUCUGCCAGUGAAUCCGAUGCUCGAGAAAUGUUCUUUGCAUCGCCAAUGACGUCGAUGUCUGUGCCGCCCAACUUCAAGCCCUUUGAGCAACCGCUGCAAAGGCAGCCCGCCAGUCCUUUUGUGUCGGAAUCGGCCCACGUCUUCUCACUACAGCAUCCUACCACUACACGCUUAUCAACUCAGGCUCGUGAGGAUCGCGAGUCAAGCUCGGUAUCUCCUGGUAUGGGUAGUUCGAGCUCAAUAUCGCCCAUGAGCGUCGCAGACACGGUUCGGAAAGCGACGACGGUGCCCUCUUCGCCCUCGAGCACAAUAGGACUCUAUGAUAAAGCAAAGAAAAGCAUUGAAUCCAAACUGAAAUUCAGGACGCGCAAAGAGCGUUGCACAUGCCCCCCGAUUCCCGAGUAUGAGCGCCCUCGCGCAACCAUGGACGGGGCCGGAAAUUACCACAGUGUUCAUCAAGUCACAAAGUCGGGAACCUGGUUUAAAGAUGACCUUGGGAAAGUAAAGCUUCGGCGGAAGCUUUUUAGCAAGGCUCCAUGGAGUCGAAAGGAGUCUAGUGAUUCAUACAGUAGUAUGGCUAGCUCCAUGAGAGAAACCCUCAAAGUGCGGGUUGACUGUGUUAAUAAUCAGUACCCUGGAGGGGAAGCCGUCCGGAUCAAGACACCUCCUUUAGGUGAAGACACUGCCAGUGGAAGUCCACGCUCAUUCUUCACCGAACUGGUGCCUCCGUUCGAAAACGACCCUGUUCCUUUUCUGCCUGGACCUUCUGCGAGGCGUAACUCUCUCCAAACCGUUCGCCGCAGAAGCAUCACUCCACAGGUGCGUGAGUGGUGGGAACAGAUGCCCAAGAAACCCGAGCAGGAUCCUUUCGCUCAGGUACCUAUGUUUGAGUUCCAAGUACCUGAGCACCUACCAAAUAGCCCAAUAUGCCCAGCAAACAUGGGUCACAAAGGCGGGAUGGGACUAUGCGUGUAUCAUGGGCGAAGAAAAGGUGGUAGAUCAUAG